AUGACGAGGAAUACUUCUUCUGAUGAAAUGGAAACGAAAUCGACCAAGGAAUUGUUCGCGCUCGCCCGGGAGAAGAUGACGACGAGGACGUCGAGUGGUAUUAAUGGUGGUGGUGAUAAUGACGGUUCUUUUUUUUUGCGAGAAGCGAUCGAGAUGUUCGCGGAAGUUUUCCGGAGAUGCGAUUCGGCCGGGUGUUUUGAUGAUGAUGCCAACAACGGUGGUGAGAACGAGGAAAACUUUGGCGGUGACAACAGAAGAGGAGGAGAGAACGUCUCCACGAACGAUUUGAAAUACGCGUUGUGCUUGUAUUUUCAGGGGAAGUGUUGGCAGUCGAUGCGGACGGAGUUUGUGCCUCUCAUCGCCGGCGAAGCAGAAGGGGAGGAAAAGAAGACGACGAUGGUGAUGAACCGAGAACUGCGCGUGGAGCACGUGUUACGAGGGAAGGAGUGUUUGGAGCGGUUCUUGAGGUUUGCGUCGGCGGCGCGGUUCCUCCCGCGCGGGUUCGAGAAGGACGCGAGAGCGGCGGCGGGUUUGAUAGAAGAAGAAGAAGAAGAUGAUGAUGAUGAUGAUGAUGACGACGGUGGUACUACUCGAGAGGCUAUGAUGACUCCGGAAGCGAAGAGAACGAUGAAAGUGAAACGGUUUAAAAAGCAAAGCGAGUUGAGGAGGAAGUUGGAGGAGAUGGAGAAGAGCGGAGUAGUAGACAGAUGCGCUCGGGUGAAAUCGAGGACUGCGGAAGAGGAGGAAGAGGAAGAAGGGGAAGAGGAAGCUGACGAGGAGAAGGUUCGAGAGUAUUGGUUUGCGAUGAUUGAAAAAGCCGUGUUGGAUUCGAUUGAAAUGAUAGAGGGGAGCAAAGAGGAGGUGGCACUUUUGACCGGCGUGAGCGAAGACGAGGUGAGGAGAAUCGUACAAGGAGGGGAGAAGAAGCAGCAAAGAGGAGGGGAGGAGGAGAGUUCGUCCUCGAGAAUUCCAGGGGAGCUUUUAAAAGCCAUCGCGUCUCUGGAGAGCAACAAGAACAACAACGGAACAAACGGUCGAAAUGGAAUGAUGAACCGAAGCGCGCCGCCGGCUGGUACGUCUGCGCCGACGGUUGCGAUCCCGUCGCUCCCGUCUUCCUUAUUCGCGAAUCGCAAGGAAAGCGUCGUUCGAGACGCGAGAAGCGCUUUGUUUCGGCCUUCGCACAUUUUACCCACAAUGUCUAUCGAAGAAGCCGGAGAAAUCGAGCUGAGAGAAUUAAUGGAGCGCACGGCACUGAGUAAGGAAAGAGAGAAGCGCAAGUCGGUGUUGGAAAGCGCCAAGACGGAGGACGAGUUGAGCGAUGAAAAGUUGUACGAAAAGAGACGUUGGGAUGAUUGGAAAGACGAUAAUCCGUUUGGCGCGGGGAACUCACGUCGGACGCCAACUGGAAAUAACAGAUAA